AUGCUCUCCUCCCGUGUGCAGUCGUUUUUGGCUUUUUACGCUUUACUGGAUCGGCUCUGCUGCCUGCCACGAACUGGCUGGACACUCCAUCCCGAAAUUGGCUGUGUUGAGUCUGUCGCUGACCACAGCUACGCCACGGCCUGUGUAGCCCUCGAUUCCUCAGUGAGCUUAGAUCCGCAGAGGCGCACACGUCUUGUUUGUAUGAUGCUCCUUCACGACUUGGCUGAGUCUAUCGUCGGUGACAUUAUUCCCGAGUCUCUGAGCAAGGUCUCUGCCGCCGAAAAGCGUAUGCAAGAGGCUUCAGCUAUGAGAGAACUGGUACUACUCCUCUGCAACUCUGGUCUCCAUCGCAUGGGAGCACUCUAUAAAGAGCUGUUUACAAUGUAUGAAGAUGCUCACUCUCCGCUUGCGCGUGCAGCCCACGUUAUCGAUAAGAUAGAUAUGCUUUGUCAAGCACACUGCUAUAGCGCCCGCUACAACGUGAACUUAGAGCGCUUUUUCACUAACCGCAUCGUAGAAACAUCCGGAGACCCCAAAGAUUCUGAUAGAAGUGAAAAGCACUUCCUUUGUAAGCUUUUUUCCCUUUACAAAGGCAUUCAUGAGCAGUAUAGCCCACCAGUGUGUCGUCCUUAA